AGACAAGGCUGGUGUGCGCGUGUGCGCGCGUGUGUCGGAGGAUGGAAAUGCGCCUAGAUGGGGAGGCACGCACGCACUUUUACACGCUAAUCCCUGCUGAUACCUGUCCCACGCAAACACACACACACACACACACACAACUAGGCCAAUGCACUCACCUGCUGCAUUGACAGUAUAUCGACACAAACACUAAUCGCACACAAAUGGCUCCUGGGUUGAGUUUGCAGAGCGUCUUCUGGCAUCUUGUGGCUUUUCCCCAAGUUCUGCCGUUCAAUGAGCAAUUAGCACUCGGCUAAUUGUAGCGAACGCUUUUUUUUGGGACGCCGGGUUCGACCACUUCCCGUGUGUGCUAAGCGUGUGACGAAACCAAAGUGCACGCAAAUGAGCUUUCAUCACACUGCUCCAAAAAGUGCUACAAAAUGACCAGAACAGAUAACUUUUCAUUCGUCAAGUUUGUUUUCUUGUAUCAGUGUGAAACCUAAUUAUGACUGUGAUGAUUAUUAUAUCUUAUGAUACAAUUAGAUGAUUGUACGACCAUGUGAAGCACUUGCAGAAGCAGCAAAUUUCCUGCCUUUCGAAAUCACAAACAGUCUGCAAGACGUCAGCGAUGGAUUCGGACGUAGCGACCACGCCGGCGCCGGGCGGCGGCGGCGGCGGGUGCCCGCCGGUGGGCAUCCAGCUGGAGGGCGCGAUCCUCCCCCCGGUGCUGACCGUGGACGUGGUCCUGGGCCUGCUGGGCAACGUGGUGGCUCUGUGGAUCUUCUGCUUCCGGAUCAAGUCGUGGAACGCCAACAUCGUGUUCCUGUUCAACCUGGUUCUGGCCGACUUCCUGGCGCUGGUCAGCCUCCCGCUGCGCAUCGACGCGCUUCUGCGGGGCCACUGGGUGUUCGGCGACGCCGUGUGCCGCCUCAACCUCUUCCUGAUGUUCACCAACCGCACCGCCAGCAUCGCGCUCAUGACCGUCGUCGCCUUCUACCGAUACUUCAAGGUGGUCCACCCUCACCACCGCUUGAACCGCAUGAGCAAGCGGCAGGCGGCGGCGUCGGCGGCGGCGGUGUGGCUGCUGGUGGGCAGCCCUCGCCUGCCCAUGCUGGCCUACAACCACAUCAAGGGCAGCGGAAACGCCACCCAGUGCUUCUUCUUCACCUCCUACAAGGAGGCCUCACGCGGCAUCAUCGUCCUGGUGGCGAUGCACCGGAUCCUGACGGUGGUGGAGUUCUUCAUCGCGCUGGCUUUGCUCCUCUUCUGCUCGGUGCGGAUUUUCUGCUUUCUGAAGCGGCGGCAGAUGGGCAAACCCGACAAGGUGCGCAAGGCCAUGCGGGUGUGCGGGGCCAUCGUGGCUAUCUUCCUGGUGUGCUUCCUGCCCACCACCGUCACCACGCUGGGGCUGUGGCUGAGCCGCUCGCUGCGGCCUGGGGACUGCGCCGCCUUCUACGCGCUCACCCAGCUCACCAUCGUGUCCUUGGGGCUCAACUUCCUCAACUCCGCCCUGGACCCCAUCGUCUACGUCUUCUCCAGCUCCGUCUUCAGGAAGGAGCUCUCGGCGGCCGUCCCCCGGAGACUGCGAUGCCAGCGGGGAGAGGACGGCGAGCGGUCCGCGUCCACGUCGCAGUCCACCAGCCAGACGGAGCUCGGGAAUGUGAGGACCGCCCGAGCCGGGGAAGCCUUGUGAAAGGGGCCGCUCCUGUUCCACAAGUUCAGAGUCCCGCUUUUUGUCUCGAUGCGGCCCUGCGAUUCUCUGCAAGUCCUUUGUUCGUAUGUUCCCAGACAUUUAAGACUCGUGAGUGGGGUCCGUUCCAUAUUCCAAUGAGCCAUAUUCCAUAGUUCAUCUAAAAACGUCGGAGUGACAUUGCAUCUAAAAAAAAAAAGAAAGAAAGAAAAACGCAUACGUAAUCGGACAUUUUGUAAAAAAAACUACAUACAGUACUACCGAAUGACAGCACCAUCAAGUGGACAAAUCCUACAACUACAUCAGCACGUCUACUUUUCUUCGUCAGUUUGUUUCUUCUUUUAUUUGUUGAUGUCGAAAAUGUAAAAAAUACAUUCGUUCAUUUCCAUGUUAGUGUCGCUUCGUUGGACGCACAAACAAAAACCUUCUGCUUUUUCAACGACUUGGACUCGCAACGAGCUGACAAGCAUAAAUUGACGCCACUUUUAUUACAAACUCCGUUGAGUCGACAUCUUGGCCAGUUCAACAAAGACGCCCAUAUUUGUUUGCGUUGAUUUUCAAGGGAAACUACUACUACUACUAAUAAUAAUAAUCUUAUAUAGUGCAUAUACAUUAUAUAGAAAAUAGAAAAAAAAACUAUAGCACUAUUGAAAAUUCAAGGAUUUGAUUAAUAAAAUGAGCUACGUUAUGUACACAUUUUAACUGAUUUUUUUUUUUGUUUUUUUUUAAAUAAAGUCACCUUUGAACAAGUUUGCCCACCCCUGAACUCAAUGAAAGGAGACAAUUAGAGCAUUUUUUAUAAUCGCAAUAUAUGGCACCAUGAAUUUAUUCAGUUUUUAAUUUGAAAUGUUCAUUUUAUUCAUUUAACUUGAAAUUUUGAAUAUAAAAUUCCCUUGAGGUUAAAUAUACUGUACAUCUGUCUGGGGGAAAAAACAAAUAGAUUUGUAUGACAAUAUUCAUUGCAAUUGCUCGAUGCUGGAAUACAUGCAUAUUUGUGUGUGCGCGCGGCUCGGUCGGCCGAAGACUUCGACAGCAACGCCUCCAAACGCGAGAUCAGAGUGGAGAGCCUCAUCGGCCUCAUCAGCCUCAUCGGCCUCAUCGGCAUCAUCAGCAUUCUCACUCGCAAGCUCGUAAUCAUGCGCUCCCAGCUGCUUUGCAUCAAGACAAAGGCAAAUUGCAUCAAGAUGUCAGUUUUGGAGUGCACCUUCUUCAGCUGAUAAAAUGGAACAUCGUCACCGUGGCAACCAGACUGGACCGGGAGAUGAAGGGGAGCAUUUUUGCUCUCAAAUUCUGUCGUACUCGUUUGUACGUUGGUCAAAAUAUCAGGAGCACCUGACAGUCCGGCAUAAAACUACGCCAAAUUUGUGGCACAGUAAAUAAAAAUUGUUCUGAAAUAUUAAA